AUGACUCGUCGAAAAAAUGACUCAGUAACUGAGCAACUCUCUUCACUAAAACAAGAGCGAACAUCAGUGGAACGAAACAUGCUAAGCAUAAAGGCGAAGGUAGAGAAGGAAUUAGCGUUUGUGGAUGUUAACAUUUUAGAAUGUCGACUGCAAAUUUUGGAAUCGUAUUUUACAGAAGUUUGUCAAAUACAAAAUAAAAUUGAACGAGCAUGUCCGGAUGAUGAUAGGCGUAGCAAAUUAGAGGACAUAUAUGUCAGCAUAAAAUCACUUAUUGUGGCCGCAAUCAACAAUCAAAAAAUAAGGCCGAUACAUGAAUCAAGUGUAUUGAAUUCGUCGAUUUUAAACAACUCCUCACAUCAUAGUCGUUUACCAGCAUUGAAAUUGCCAAGAUUUGAUGAUAUGACGAAGGGCGACUCAAUCACACUCAGGCAUAUUGUAGAUACAGUGUCUGCUUUAUUCUGUUCACUUCUAUCGUUGGGUUCGGAAGCAGACAUUCUGAACGCCAUAGUUAUUCAUUUAGUAUUGUCUAAAGUGGAUAACGAAACUAAAAUUUUUUAUGAUUCUCAGCAAGAUUUUGAGUCAUUGCCAUCUUGGGAAAGUUGCUACACACUUUUGAGUCGAAGAUGUCAAUUUCUGGAAAGCAAUUCGAAAAGAUGCAAUAAUGAUAAAGUAAAUGAUACCAAAAAUAAUUCUUUUAACAGAAAAUUGACCACAUUUGUUAACACCAAAAUCAAUUGUAUGAAGUGUAAUGGAGGAGACCACAGCCUAGGAUCAUGUCCAUCGUUUGUAAAACUGACUUUUAACGACAAAUUCAAAUUCGUAAAAGAUCUUUCUGUUUGCUUAAAUUGUCUACGCAAAGGGCACGUCGUUAAAAAUUGUCAAUCUACAGCUCGCUGUCGAAUAUGCAAUGGUAUGCAUCAUACGUGUUUGCAUAAAUUCAAACCCAUCGAGCAAAAUGUGAGACCAAAUUUGUCAGACAGUCCACCUGGACAACUAAAUUUUCCGCAAUCUCCAUCAAUUUCUCUAGUAUCGCGUACUAAACAACGAUCAUUGAUUCCCACAGCUGUAGUACUUAUUAAGGAUAAAUACGGUUUAUACCAACCUAUACGAGCAUUACUGGACUCUUGUUCAGAGAUAAGUUUUAUCACUGAAAAGAUGGCAAAGCAACUUCAAUUACCAUUUGAGCGAAUAAACCAGGAAGUGUCAGGCAUUGGUGAUGUUAGAACACAAAUUCGCCAUUCAAUAACUGCAACUAUAAAAUCUCGAAUAUCAAAAUUUGAAUGGUCAUCGCAAUUCGCUGUCACUAAACGUAUCUCAUUGAACCAUCCAGAGCAGUUGAUAGACACGACAUCGUGGAAUUUUCCUGAAGGCCUUGUUUUAGCUGAUCCAUUAUUUUUUAAACCACAACACAUUGACUUAUUAAUAAGUACGCAGGGAUUUUUUGAAUUAAUAUUAGAUGGGAAAAUUUCGUUAGGCACCAGCCUUCCAUGUUUAUUAAAUACCGAAUUAGGGUGGAUCAUCGGAGGACAAUAUAAAAAUACGCCUACUGUCCGGGAGGAGUUGGAUUGUGAGAAACAUUUUGUAGAAAAUACCACAAUUAUAAGCAAUGGUCAAAUACAAGUUCGAUUACCAUUUAAAGAGUCUCCAGAAGUCUUAGGUGAAUCAUUUGAAAUGGCGAAACGAAGAUUCCUUUCACUUGAGCGUCGAUUAGAGCGUCAGCAGACUCUCAAAGAGGAUUAUGUUAAGUUCAUGCAAGAAUAUUUGAUGUUAGGUCAUAUGAGUCGUGUCAAUAUCACACCGCACUAUAUAAUACCUCAUCAUUGCAUAUUGCGGCCUCAAAGUAUCACAACAAAAUUGCGCGUCGUAUUUGAUGCAUCUGCACGCACAUCAUCGGGUCGAUCACUUAAUGAAAUCUUAAUGGUGGGACCUACAAUUCAGCAGGAUCUUAUUUUGACAUUAUUGACAUUUCGUUUAUAUCGCUAUGCACUGACUGCGGAUAUAUCAAAAAUGUAUCGACAGUUUGUAGUUGAUCCAAGAGAUCGCAAUUUUCAAUUAGUUAUUUGGAGAAAUACUGUUAAUGAACCUCUGCAACUUUUUCAGCUCAACACAGUAACUUACGGAAUGAGAUGCCAAUUGGAGCUUCAGUAUGUUGAUGACUUGCUAACGGGAGCAGACACAGCUAAAGAGCUUUGCAUCAAAGUAUCACAAGUGAAUAAAAUAGCAGCAAGUGCAGGAUUACAAUUGGCAAAAUGGACCUCCAACCACAAAAAUUGGGUAAACUCAAGUGACGAAUACCAAAUUCUUUUAAAUGAAGAUGAUAUUACCAAAACUCUCGGUUUGGCGUGGAGGCCAUCAGAUGACGUUUUUUGCUUUCAAUAUAAGCAACAAGAGUCAAAGGCUGCGACCAAACGUACUAUUUUAUCAGUUGUUGCUCGAAUUUUUGAUCUUUUAGGACUAUUGAGUCCUAUUGUUAUACGGUGUAAAAUCUUAAUACAGGAAUUAUGGAUUCAUCAACUGGGUUGGGAUGAUCCAUUGCCUUCACUUCUAAACCAAUCAUGGAUACAAAUUCAAUCUGAUUUGGAAUAUCUUAACCACAUUGAAGUGCCAAGAUAUGUUUUAACACCAUCAGCUUGCUACAGUCAGGUACACGGAUUGCUUCCCAACGAGCAUUCGGAUGUUGUAUAUAUAUUCGGUCAAAGCAUAAUGGCUUUUACAAAUCGUUGUUGA